CAGUGUCACCUCUGACUUUCCAGUAACAUGCAGGAGGUUUGUCAUCUGAACAAAAGUGUUUGUUGAGUCUUCAUAAGUCAGUCACUUGUCUAUAAAAUGGCUAGAAGAGUUUGCCGUUUGUCGUCCACGGAGAUUCUGCUCAUAACACUGGUUGUUUUGCUGUUUGCGGUUUGUGUGGGACUAAUUGUCGUCACUUCGCUCGCACUGGACAACAAAGCUAUAGUUGGCGAAGGAGAUGAAACAGGCUCUGAGUUCACUGGGAGACUCGUCAUCUCGAAUGGAACUGUUUUCACAGAGGAGCUCCUGAACAAAAACAGCUCACAGUUUAAAGCUCUGGCAUAUGACACUGAGCAGAAGAUCAGUGAAGCCUACAGUCUUACUUCCCUUAAAGAGCAGUUCAGAAGUUCCAAGGUCAGUGAAUUCAGCGAAGGCAGUGUGGUUGUGCACUUUGAUGUCCUCUUCCAUGGCGUUCUAGAUUCUGAGACGGUGCAGGAACAGUUAGUAGAUGGUUUACAGCAGAGUGAAGGUGGAAAUGAUGGCCUUGUAAUUGACACUGGCAGUGUGCAGGUCUCAGAUAAACCAACUACAACCCAGACAGCAUCUGCAACAAAACCAGUCACUCCAGUGAAUUGUCCAGAUGGGCAGAAGGCAUGUGCUGACGGUACAACAUGUAUUCCUCAAACUGACUUCUGUGAUGGAAUACAAAACUGCUCUGAUGACUCAGAUGAGAGUCAGAGUGUCUGUGCAACAGUGUGUGAUGGUCAGUUUCUCCUGCUUGGUCCGACUGGAUCCUUCCACUCUAAAAACUUUCCAGAGGUCUAUGACAAUCCCACAUCCUGCAGUUGGAUCAUACGAGUGACUGAGGGCUUGGCCAUAAAAAUAGCCUUUCACACUUUCCAAACAGAGCAAGAUAUUGAUGUUCUGGAGCUAUAUGAGGGCACUGGCCCUAUGAAAACACUGGCAUUCUCUCUCUCAGGAACGUCACCUGGGGACAUCUGGCUAUUAUCUCAUGAAGCCACUGUUGAAUUUUACGCAGACUACAGCAACAACUUACAAGGCUUCAAUGCUACUUACAUGGCAAAGAACAUCAGUGAGCUCUCUAAUGAAGACAAGAUAAGCUGUUCGUUUGAAGAGAACUUCUGUCUCUGGAGGCAAGAAUUUGAUGACGAUGGCGACUGGAUUCGAGCACAAGGCGCUACUCUUCCAUCAGACACUGGCCCGAACUUUGAUCACACACUGGGCAACCAGUCAGGGUACUACAUUGUGACCCCUCGGUCUCCUGGAAGUUGGGAAAAAAAAUUCCGUAUCUACAGUCUUCCUCUGACUCCUGCAAAGGAAUCGAUGUGUCUGCAAUUCUGGUAUCAUAUGUUUGGGGUGGAGGUGUGGCGUCUGACAGUCACAAAAGAGGAAGGGUCAUCAGUCACUGUCCUCUUCCAGAAAGAAGGGAACUAUGGUGACAACUGGAACUAUGCUCAAGCCACACUAAACAUCACUGCAGAUGCUGUGGUGGUCUUUGAAGCACAGAAGAAGGCGGGACUUCUGAAUGAUAUCGCCCUGGAUGACAUCAGCAUAGUGCCCGGUUCCUGUGGACAGGCCCCCCCUGACCCAACCCCUGUCCCCUCUCCCACCACCCCCCCUCCCAUACCAGUGGAUUGUGGCGGACCCUUUGACCUGUAUGAGUCAAACUCAACAUUCAACUCUCCAAACUACCCCAAUGGAUAUGGACACGAUGCUAUGUGUACAUGGACUUUACAUGCUAAAGAAGGACAGAAUAUACAAUUGCAUUUUCAAGACGUUGCUUUAGAGAUGGAUUAUGAUGUUUUGGAAAUUCGUGAUGGAGUGGAGCCCUAUUCAGAGUUGCUUGGUGUCCUAACUGGUGAUCGUUCCUUCCCGGAUCUUUUUUCCACAACCUCUCAGAUGACCAUCAUGUUUUCCACAGACACAACAGGGAAUGACAGAGGCUUUCUAGCCAACUUUAGCACAGGCCUUAACCUUGGCCAACCAGAUCCAUGUCCCACUGGCCAGUUUCAGUGCAGCACAGGAGCGUGUGUGUCCAGUGCCAGUGUGUGCGAUGGGGUAGAAAACUGCUCUGAUGGCUCAGAUGAAGGCGACUGUGUGCAUUUAAUAAAAGCUAAUGCAACUGGAACUGAACGACUGAGACUUCAAGUCCAGAAUGACCUUUACACGGUGUGUGCUGAAGACCUCUGGACCUCUCAGCUAUCGGACUUCUUCUGCCGCUACUUGGGUUACAGGUCAGGAAUUGCCUCAUACUCCAUCAUUAUGGAUGGUGAUAGUCCGUUUACCACUGUAAGUGUGAAUGCCGAUGACUCACUGGAUCUGAAACCAAGUGACACAUGUCUCAGUGAGAAGAUCGUGUCACUGCAUUGUAACAAUCAACCAUGUGGCGUUCGUAAAGUAACUUUAAAAAGUGAGACCAAUGAGGACGGAAACCAAGCAGGCAGAGUGGUGGGAGGACAGGAUGCCCAGGAAGGGGCGUGGCCAUGGAUAGUGUCUCUGCACUGGCUCGGGCGCCAUGUAUGCGGGGCCACUUUGAUUGACAGGGAAUGGUUGAUUACCGCGGCACACUGUGUUUAUGGAAAGAACGUUCACCUGUCAAACUGGGCGGCUAUGUUGGGUCUUCACUCUCAGUUUGGGACGGAUAACCCUAACAGACAAAUCCAUUAUAUAGAUCAGAUUAUCAUGCACAAGCGCUAUAACAGGAUAACAAAGGAGUCUGACUUUGCCCUAAUGCAUUUACAGACACCUGUCAGCUACACAGAUUACAUUCAGCCCAUCUGCCUACCAGAUCCUGGAGCACAGAUUGAAGAAGGGAGAAAGUGUUUUAUUGCUGGUUGGGGACUGCUGUCUGAAAGUGGCGACGUAGCUAAUGUGUUGCAGGAAGCUGUUGUGCCCCUUUUAAGCAACACACAGUGUCAGGAAUGGCUGCCUGAGUACAACAUUACAGACCGCAUCCUGUGUGCUGGAUAUACUGAGGGUGGGGUGGACUCCUGUAAGGGGGAUUCUGGAGGUCCACUGAUGUGUGAAGAGGCUGGCCAUUGGGUUCUUGUAGGAGCGACAUCUUUUGGUAUCGGCUGUGCACGACCCCAGCGGCCUGGAGCAUAUGCUCGCGUCAGUCAGUUUAUUGACUGGGUAGUAGAGAACCGACGGCUCUAUUCAGACUGGAAAGGGCUAUAAUAAUUUAGUAUGCAGUGAUGUUAUGUCUUCAAUUGAUUGUUUUCUUGAUUUCAAUAGGCUUCUGGACAUUGUAAUCACCACCAAGUGAUUUGUGCACUUUAUUGUCAUUUCUAAAAAAUGUAAAUCUGAAUAAUGGAGGAAAAUGUAUUUGCUAGUAACCAGUCAGUAAUAUUCAGCCUACCCAAAUGUGAUAUUAUAAAUAGUUUUGAAAUAUAAAUAACAACAUUAACAUUAAUUUGUGAUUAAAUAAAGUUUUGAAUUUUAAUUAUUUACUGAAAUAAAUGUAUUAAAUAAAUAAAAUGUAUUUUGCUACAGUUGUUUUACAGUGGCGGAGCUAGAGGGGUGUCCAGCCCCACCUGUACAAAAGAGUUCACUAGAUCAGUUUACUUAAUUAGUGACAUAGCAGUAGUGCAGAAAUAUUUCUUAUAAUUAAAAAAAUAUUAAUAUAAUAUUAAAUAUAACAUGAUGUCCAGCUUAGGAAAAUUAUCUUCACCCUUUAUUCAAUUCACGAGUUCACACUUACAAAUAAUCAUAGUAAAUAGUAUGCGUAAUAGUAUGUGUAUUUGGCGUGCUGUCUGAGGAGAGGGUUCCGAGCUCGAUAUUUGGCCCGAACCCAGAGUACUCCCCCCGUAUUUCUGGUUAGAAAAGUAACCAGACGAGUAUGAGGAGACGGGGUGGUGGAGGCAUGCUGAAAAAACUGUCAAAGAAUAUGUGUGUGUUGACUGUGUUUAUAUAUAGGCCUUCACUCAUGCUGAUUGGGUAGAUAUGUUGAUUACUGAUUGUUGACAGCUGGCUGAAAUGAUGUGAUAAUUAGUCAGAUUAUUUGAACGUUGCUCCUCCCAAACUUUGUUAAUAAAACAUCAUAUAUUGUUAAAGAUUUUGUAAGCAUUUUGUGUAGUGCUUGGAGUCAGUUGUUCUCUUGCGAAAUGGAACUUGCAAUGCGUCAAGCGCUAUGGGGAAUGUCUCCGCGUGAACCGGUGUCUGAAACACUUAUCAAAUCACGGCAAUUUCAUAUUGACCGGCGACAGCCCAUGACAUCAUAAUGGUGCGACCCAAAAGUAUAUAAGGGGCACCUAGAGAACAUGUCAUCCUGUUUUCUUCUUCAGAGACCAUUAUGUGUGAAGCGCUAUCGUUGGCAAUCAGUAUGAAAUGCACAGAGAAAAUCAGGCGGUUUAGGAAGUGUGUUGAUCCGUGUCCGAGAUACUUGACACUGGAUGAUACACACAAACUGUGCGUUCACUGUCUGGGGGAAGAGCAUGCAUGGGAAGUUCUCUGCCUGUGCCAAUUGUGAGCAUUUUCCUCUGAGAACGCUCUGCUCUCAUCUGGCUCUCUUCUCGAGGGAAGAGAGUUCAGCAUCUGGGCCUGAUGAUUCGGGUCCCGGUCGUGCCGAGGCAGAGCAGAGACUCAGAUCAUGUGGCUCUCAGAUGGAGCUCGCCGAAAAGUUUGAUAAGGGUAUAGACCUCUCAUGCAAUUCGGCGGCUCAUGAGAGUGAGCUGCUGGGAGAGGAUGUGUUGUCAUCUACAUCCUCAGGUCCAACAGCGAGUUUUCUUCCAGCUGAGCAGGAGAUGGCUGAGGUGGAUAGAGAGGGUGAGUAUACUGAAUCCUCUCAGCCACCCUGCCCUGCAUAUGCUCAGCUGUUGGAGGUUAUGGAACGUGCUGCUGGCAAAUUAUAGUUGCCAUGGCAGAGCGUUAGGAGAGAGACCACGUGCAGUCGGCUUGACGAUUGGUUUCUCUCUGGCCAUAACGCUCCAGCUCCAGUGAGCCUUCCAUUCCUUCCUGACCUGCAUACUGAGGUCGAGAAGGCAUGGAAGAACCCAUAUUCUGCACAAAUUCAUCGAUAUCAGCGGGCUAGUUUUGCUAAUGUCGAGGGGGGGAAUAUGGGUAUGUGUCGAUGCCAUUGAUUGACGAGAUGUUUGCUAACUAUCUCGUGUCUGGGCGGACAUCGACACUGAAAGCUCAGACUCUGCCAUCUAAGCCCCUUAAAAUUAUAUCACGCUUAAAGUUGUGCCGCACCACAUAUCUUGCUCUCUGGGCCACCAAACAGACCACUGCCAUGAUCGGUCAAUCGAUGGCAGCAAUGGUGGCCACGGAGAGGCAUCUGUGGCUGAACCUGGCCUACAUCGGGGAG